AUGUCACCCAUUAGACUGAGGUCAGGGAAACUGGUGGGAAAGCUAGGGAAAAAGCUGAAGGGCCAAGAAGAAUUGCAACCCCACUGGAAGAACAACAUCAAUUACAAGGAUCACCCAAUGUUCCCAUGUUGUAGCAACAGCAGAGCAUUGAGGUUUCUCAGUCAGUGUCUACAAGACACACUGAUAGACAUGUUUGCCCGGCUCAGAAAACUAUUUCGGAGAACCAAUGUGGAUGGGAGAGAGACUAGAGAGAGGAGUAAGGGAGCUGGCCUUUCAUCUGAGAGUAAUGAAGGACAAAGGAGGUGGUCAUGGAGAAUGUGGAGGGCUGGCAGGCAGACAUCAUCCCCUGCAACUGUCCUAAGCAAGAAGCAGGCCAAGGAGGAAGAGGAGAGGCUGACCAGAGAGCUGCAGCUCAUUACACAAGAGAGAAAUGAGCUGAGAGAUCGCUUGAUCUAUGUCACAGAGGGAGCCAUGAAAAAGAGGUCAAAUCCAUUAUAUGAAAAAUUAAAGUUAAAGGAGAAGGAGAUUAUGACAUUUCUACACACCUUAGAGAAAGAGAACAUUGAGGCCAAACAGACCUUCCAGGAUCUCAAGAAGGAGAUUAACUUCUAUCGCAACCUGCACAGCCGACUCCUGAUGCAGAAGAACAUUAUGAAUAAGAGAUUGGUUACACUGAAGCAGGAGAACAAGGAAGUACAUGCUGAUUGGACCACCAUUCAGCAAUACCUGAUUGACUUGAACCUAAAUGAUAAAGAUGAACAGGACAAGACCAGCAUCCUCCAGGGCCAACAACAUCAGAGAGUUUUUGGAAUCCUCUGUGAUGUCACCAGUGUUGUAGCAACAACACAUGCACUAAGGUUUCUCAGUCAGUGUCUGGAGGAUAAGCCUAUAGACAUGUUUGCCCGACUCAGAAACCUUUUUUGGAGAGCAAGAGUAGAUGGGAGAGAGACUAGAGAGAAGAAGAAGGAAACUGCCCUUUCUUCUGAGAGUAAUGAAGGACGAAGGAGAUGGUCUUGGGGAAGACAGAGGGCUGGCAGGAAGACAUCAUCCCCUGAAACUGUCCUAAGCAAGAAGCAGGCCAAGAAGGAAGAGGAGAAGCUGACCACAGAGCUGCAGCUCAUUACCCAGGAGAGAAACGAGGUGAAUGAUCGCCUGAUCUCCAUGACAGAGGGAGCCAUGAACAAGAGGCCCUUCCAGAGGCUGAAUCCAAUGUAUGAACAACAGAAGUUAAAGGAGAAGGAGGUCAUGACAUUUCUGCACAACUUAGAAAUGGAGAAGAUUGAGGCCCAAGAGAACAUCCAGGAGCUCAAGAAGGAGAUUAACUUCUAUAGCAACCUGCAUAGCCGGCUCCUCAUAGAGAAGAUGCUUGUGAAGAAGAGAAGGGUCAUGCUGAUGCGGGAGAGCAAGGAAGUACUUCUUGACUGGUCUCUCAUAGAGAAAUACUUGGUUGGCUUGAACAUGAAUGGUAAAGACGAACAGGAGAAGACCAGCAACCUCCAGACCCAACAUCAGGUCCCAGAAACUGUACCAAGAGCUGAAAUUUCCACGGCCCAGGAAGAGGGCCUCCUGCAGAAUGAUUUUCCACCUCAGGAGCCCCCUGCUGAGCUCCAUCCUCAACAGCCACAAAAUUCCUUGGAUGAAUCUUCCUCUACAUAA